GGAGUAAAAGGUGGAGGAGAAAGAAGCCCAAAGUUGGUAUUUGGCCUCAUUUUAUGAGGACAUUCAAUCUUAAUUUAGAGAAAGAGAGAAGAGUUUUUUAGCGUGAGAAGCUUGAGAAUUGGAAGGAAGUACAUGGUUUUCCAGACAAACCUAUUUUUGUAAGUUUGCAGGUGACGGUUCUCCUGUUUCUAUGGAGGUGGGGCUGUAGGCCAGGUAUGUGUGUCUAUAAAUCCACACCCAUUUUUAACCAGAAACUUCCAGAAUAUGUUUCCAGCAAGAGCAGUGGUCAGUUCAGCCUGAGGAAACCUACUAGAUUCUGGAAAUUAUUUUCUACCACCUAGCUAUUUCUGAGGGAUUCUCUAGAAGAAAUGAUGUCACAUCCAGCUUUGGCCCUGGGCCUCAUAUUCAUCGCAGUUUCUUCCAACCUUGCCAUGGCAAUCAAAAAAGAGAAGAGACUUCCUCAGACACUCUCAAGAGGAUGGGGAGAUGACAUCACUUGGGUACAGACUUAUGAAGAAGGUCUCUUUCAUGCUCAAAAAAGUAAAAAGCCAUUGAUGGUUAUUCAUCACUUGGAGGAUUGUCAGUACUGCCAAGCUCUGAAAAAAGUAUUUGCCCAAAAUGAAGAAAUACAAGAAAUGGCUCAGAAUAAUUUCAUUAUGCUGAAUCUCAUGCAUGAGACCAGUGAUAAGAAUUUAUCACCUGAUGGGCAAUAUGUGCCUAGGAUCAUGUUUGUAGAUCCCUCUUUAACAGUCAGAGCUGAUAUAACUGGGAGAUACUUUAAUAGACUGUACACAUAUGAACCUCAGGAUUUACCAGUGUUGAUAGAAAACAUGAAGAGAGCAUUAAGACUGAUUCAGUCGGAGUUAUAAGGGAUAACAG